AUGUGUGGAAUAUUCGGUUACAUCAACUACCUCGUCGAGAGGGACCGCAAGUUCAUCAUUGACACGCUUCUCAAUGGUCUUUCACGACUGGAAUACAGAGGCUACGACUCGGCCGGCAUGGCCGUGGAUGGCAACAAAAGAAAUGAAGUUUGUGCAUUCAAGGAAGUUGGAAAGGUCCAAAAGUUGAAGGAGCUCAUUGCGGAGAGCAAGCCUGACAUGACCAAGACUUUUGAGUCUCAUGCUGGAAUUUCUCACACUCGCUGGGCCACCCACGGAACGCCCUCGCGCCAAAACUGCCACCCGCACCGCUCCGAUGACACCUGGGAGUUUUCGGUGGUUCACAAUGGUAUCAUCACCAACUACAAGGAGCUGAAGGCUCUGCUGGAGAGCAAGGGUUUCCGCUUCGAGACCGAGACUGACACCGAGUGCAUCGCCAAACUUGCCAAGUACCUGUACGAUCAACAUCCAGAUAUUGAAUUCACGGUUUUGGCAAAGGCCGUUAUCAAGGAGCUCGAAGGUGCCUUUGGUCUGCUGAUCAAGUCCGUUCACUACCCCCAUGAGGUGAUUGCGGCUCGCAAGGGUUCUCCCUUGGUGAUUGGCGUCAAGACCUCGAAGAAGAUGAAGGUGGACUUCGUCGAUGUCGAAUUUUCGGAAGAGGGAGCCCUUCCCGCCGAGCAGGCUUCCCAGAACGUUGCCGCCAAAAAGUCCGCCACGAGCCUCCUUGCUCCGCCGGACAAGUCGCUGUUGCACCGGUCCCAGUCGCGGGCCUUCCUGUCGGAUGAUGGUAUCCCCCAGCCCGCCGAGUUCUUCUUGUCUUCGGACCCGUCCGCCAUCGUGGAGCACACUAAGAAGGUCUUGUACCUCGAGGACGAUGACAUUGCCCACAUCCACGAGGGCCAGCUGAACAUCCACCGCCUGACCAAGGACGAUGGAACCUCCAAUGUUCGUGCGAUCCAGACCAUCGAGCUCGAGCUGCAGGAGAUCAUGAAGGGCAAAUUCGACCACUUCAUGCAGAAGGAGAUCUUCGAACAGCCCGAGUCCGUGGUCAACACCAUGCGGGGUCGUCUGGACGCCGUCAACAAGAAGGUCACCCUGGGUGGCCUUCGUCAAUACAUCUCUACUAUCCGCCGUUGUCGGAGAAUUAUUUUCAUUGCCUGUGGUACUAGCUAUCACUCUUGCAUGGCUGUGCGGGGGGUUUUCGAAGAGCUGACCGAGAUCCCCAUUGCUGUCGAACUCGCUUCGGAUUUCCUCGACCGACAGGCGCCCGUGUUCCGUGACGACACCUGUGUGUUUGUUUCCCAGUCGGGAGAAACUGCCGACUCGUUGAUGGCACUUCGCUACUGUCUUGAACGGGGUGCUUUGACCGUUGGUGUCGUCAAUGUGGUCGGAUCGUCGAUUUCGCUCCUCACCCAUUGCGGUGUGCACAUUAACGCUGGUCCCGAGAUCGGUGUCGCAUCUACCAAGGCGUAUACCUCACAGUUUGUGGCCAUGGUCAUGUUUGCUCUGUCACUGAGUGAAGAUCGCGCCUCGAAGCAAAAGCGACGCGAGGAGAUCGUGGAGGGACUUGGCAAGGUCUCCGAGCAAUUCAAGCAGAUUUUGAACCUGAAUGAGCCCAUCAAGGAGAUGUGUGCGAAGUUCUUUAAGCACCAGAAGAGUUUGCUCCUGCUGGGCCGCGGUGCCCAGUUCCCUACUGCCCUCGAGGGUGCCCUGAAAAUCAAGGAAAUUUCUUACCUUCACUGCGAGGCAGUCAUGUCCGGUGAACUGAAGCAUGGUGUUCUCGCUCUGGUGGAUGAGAACCUGCCGAUCAUCAUGAUCCUGACCCGGGACAACUUGUUCACCAAGUCCCUGAAUGCAUACCAGCAGGUCAUUGCUCGCGGUGGCCGACCCAUUGUGAUCUGUAACCAAGAUGACCCGGAGUUUUCCGCGGCACAGACCGAGAAGAUUGUGGUCCCGAAGACUGUGGACUGUCUCCAGGGCUUGCUUAACGUGAUCCCGCUGCAGCUGAUCUCCUACUGGCUUGCUGUCGGGGAGGGCCUGAAUGUGGAUUUCCCGCGCAACCUGGCCAAGUCGGUUACGGUCGAGUAA